UUUGAUUGUGUCGCCAUUUUGCGCGAGUUCUCGCUCGAGGGGUGCAGCAGCUGCUACAAAGGAGCACUCUCCGCUCCCUCUCCUCGGCCCCGCAGCAUCACGCUCUCCCUAUCUGGCCCAGCAUUGGUUGCAGUGCUGCACACGAAUGCGACUCACAUCUCUGCCUUCGGCUCGUCUAGGAUGUCUCAUGCUUUGUACGCUGGCAUCUCCGCCGGCACCCGCAAGACGAGCAAGACGAGCGAGCCCGCACUCAAGAAGCGUAAGCUAAGCCGAGACUUGGAGCGCACUGAUGACAAAUCCAUCGCCCCAGUGGACGAUUCUGAGAGCGAGAAACUGACUAAGAGGGGCCAUGGGAAGAGAUUUGUCGAAAAGGAGAAGAGACGAGUGUCCUUUGCUCAUUCUGCAGCCGCACAGGAGCAAGGAGAUGCACAAGAAGCGGUGCGCUCAGUCGCGACAGAGCCAGAAGAGGUGGCGGCACUAGGCCCUGAGACUAUGGAAGCUACGGUCGAGCCAAAAGCCCAGAAUGGGCGCAGAGUGGAGUCCGGCAGGGUAUCUGUCGAUGAGGCGAAGCUCAAGAAGAAGCUGCACCACACCAUCACUCUUUCCACCACCGCGACCAAACGAGCUCGAACUUUCGAGGUGCAAAAGCAGAUCAAGCGCUUGAAGCAAUCAGGUUCGACGGAUGGCGGAGAGGAAGGGGAGAGAGAAUUGAAAGCUCUGAAGAAUGUCGAUCCUGCUGCUGUCGCUGCUUCCGUGCUACUUUCCAAGCUCAGCAAAGCGAGACUGCUACCGCGGCCGAAAGAGCUCGCGCAGCUUGCCGCUGAUAAAGAAGUUUCAGAGCAGGAUCAGGAAUCGUGGCCACUUUUGAGGGCGGUCCUCUCUCAUGCCGCUCUCAGGUCAUCCUUAUUCGACGGACCAAAGUCCGCAAAGGGCGACGAUGUGAGCUCUAAGGACGGAGCAAUGACUCUCAAAGCCGUGUCCAAGGUCAGCAGCAACAAGACUCUGGCUGAUGAGGUCAAGAACGCUGUGGAAGCUCUGCAAGCAUUGCUCGGCAUCACUGGGCAAACUCGCAAGUGUUCAGAUUCAAAGGAAAAGCCAAGCUCUGACGCGAGUAAGGCGAAGGACGGAAGCGCCAAAAGCGCUGCAGGGAAGAAACUCAAAGAGCCUGACCCUACGUCCGCCCAUCAAACUGCGCCUGACUCGUUCUUGGAGCGGGAAUGGUCAGGAGCUUCAGAGGAUGAAGGCGAUGAGGCGGACGAGGCACACGGGGAUGCGGAUGCACAUCCAAGCUCAGACAAGGACGACGAAGGCGACUUGGACGAGGAAGAAGCUCAGAGGAUGCUGGAAUCUCUCGGAGACCUCAGCCAAUUCGAUGGACUUGUUGGACACGACUCAGAUGAUAGCUCAAAUGCUGAUGAGAGCGGAGCAGAAGCAGGCUCUAGCCAAGCUGACGAGUCACAACGGAGGCCGGAUAACCACUUGCGAGGUCGAGUGAGCCGAAUCCAACCUUCACAGUCUGACACCGAUUCGGACGAGGACGAAGACGAGGAUCAUCUACCUUCUCUGCGUACAGGCUUCAUCGGUGGUAAAGGUUUGGAGCUGCAGAAGAACAAGAAACGAGGAGCAGAAGAUGACUUUUCCGGAGAAGAGGAUGAGGCUGAUGAGGAUUGGGACGAGAUGGACGAGAUCGAUGAACAUGCGGAGGACAGGGACAAGGGUGGAAAGGUUGUCAAAUCUGCUCGAAAAAAUAGAAGAGGUCAGAGGGAAAGGAGAAAAAUUUGGGAAAAGAAAUUCGGCCGCAACGCUAAUCACAUCAAGGUCAAGCAAAAAGAGUCGAAAGCGAUCUCUCAUGAUUGGACGCCAGCAAGAGCUCCCAAAGGAGAGGCACCUUCGAGAUUUGGCGCGCCGUUCAGACGAGAUACAUCAGGUGGUCCAGCAUCCAAGGGCAGACAAAGGCCUGCCCCGUUUCAAGCACCGCCCAAAGUGGAUGGAGGAUGGGGCGUGGGGGUUGGAAGCCAGAGGCUUGAAUCAAGUGGUACUCCUCGUCCCCACGCCUCGACAGGCUGGCCGGCAAAUCGCACAUCUCAUCCAGCUGCGCGUAAGCCGCAGGCAAACGAAAAAGUCAGCAAAGACCAGGUGCAUCCUAGCUGGGCUGCCAAACAGCAAGCCAAAGACGCCGCAGCCAAAGCCCUUGCUGGAGCUGGCGCUGGUAAAAAGAUCGUCUUCGACUAAGGAUGUUGGCGCAUCAAUCUGCUAUGCAUGCAACCUGUACAAGUCUGGAGUGUCACGCUGUUCUGUCAUAUGAAGCCAUUCCUGGCAUGCUAUUGCCCCGGCAGGUCUCGCCGCAGUAACAAAUUUGGGCCUUUGCAAUUACUCGAGCGGGAGAGGGUAUCAAUAUU